AUGGCCAUCCAAUCUUCAACUGGGCUCACUGCCCGCCUCCUCAAGCGCACAGCCUUCCCCGCAUCUCACCAGUGGCGAAGGCAAUUCAGCGCUGCCCGCCCAACUUUCAAGGAGAUUCAGGAUGCAUACAUCAUUAGUGCAGCUCGAACGCCAACUGCAAAGUUCAACGGCUCCUUCGUCUCCGUAACCGCUCCCCAACUCGGUGCUGUCGCUAUCAAGUCCGCCAUCGAAAAGUCCAGCGUUCCCCUCGAGAAAAUCACAGAUGUUUACAUGGGCAAUGUCCUGCAAGGCUCAGUCGGGCAGGCCCCGGCUCGCCAAGCCUCGAUCUUCGCCGGACUCUCGCCAAACGUCGAGUCCGUAACUGUGAACAAAGUUUGCGCAUCCGGCUUAAAGGCUGUCGUGUUCGCGGCGCAGAAUAUUCAACUCGGUCUUGCCGAGGCCCAGAUUGCGGGUGGCAUGGAGAGCAUGUCUCGCGUGCCGUACUACCUUCCUCGCUCUAGCCAGCUGCCUCCGUUCGGAGAGAUCAAGCUGGAAGACGGACUUAUCAAGGAUGGACUCUGGGAUGUCUACAACCAGUUCCACAUGGGUAUCUGCGCGGAGACUACGGCUAAGAAGUAUGAGAUUUCGCGGGAGGCUCAGGAUGAGUAUGCCAUUGCAUCAUAUGAGCGGGCGCAGAAGGCAUGGAAGGAAAACAAGUUUGUUGAAGAGAUUGCGCCUGUGACUGUCAAGAGCAAGAAGGGCGAUACCGUUGUUGAGCGUGACGAGGGCUACGAGAACCUGCGAGCUGAUAAGCUGAGAACUCUCAAGCCUGCGUUCCUCAGGGAUGGCACCGGUACUGUGACGGCUGGAAAUGCUUCAACUAUGAACGAUGGCGCAUCCGCUCUGGUUCUGGCGAACAGGGACCUCGCCCGCGAGUUUGGUGCCGGAAAGCGCGCCCUCGCACGCAUUGUCUCCUCUGCUGAUGCCGCAGUCGACCCGGUCGACUUCCCCGUCGCGCCGGCCAAGGCUGUUCCCAUUGCGCUCGAGCGCGCGGGUAUCACCAAGGACCAGGUCGCUGUGUGGGAGUUCAACGAGGCGUUUGCUGCUGUCAUUGAGGCCAACAAAAAGAUUCUCGGCCUGGAAGGUGCUCGCGUUAACGAGCUCGGAGGUGCCAUUUCUCUCGGGCAUGCGCUUGGUAGCUCAGGCUCUCGUAUCCUGACAACGCUUCUGCACCAGCUGCAGCCCGGCGAGUAUGGUGUUGCUGCUAUCUGCAAUGGUGGCGGCGCUGCGACCGCAGUUGUUGUGCAGAAAUUGGAUCGUGUCGAUUAA